UAACGCGGUUGCCUUUGUCACAUUUACUGACAAUUGCCAUUUAAGUCAAUUGCCCAUAGCCUCACUUUAUCAGCAUUUUAAAUCGGCAUUUUAUUAGUAUUUUCGAAAUGAUUUUGAAACAAUUGUGCGCUCCGUCUAGGUACCAGCACUUUUCAAAAAUAUCAUCGGUAUGUAGUAAUAACAAAAGUAGAUUGAUCAGCACUUCAGCCGCAGUUUGUGAAAUACAAAAAAUGACCAGGCUGCGAGUGGUGGACAACAGCCCCAUUGGCAAACUGGCAAUGGCAGAGGGCAAACCCCCCAAAUGCAUUCACGUCUACAAUAAGACAGGAAUUGGAAAAAUAGGUGAUAUAGUUUUAGUGGCAAUUAAAGGGGAGAAGAAAAAGGCUGUCCUAGUAGGCCUGAAGCAGAACCAAGCGCCGAAAGUACCAAAGUUUGACAGUAACAACAUUGUAUUGAUUGACGACAAUGGCACCCCUUUGGGAACCAGAGUUCAUGUGCCAAUUCCCACUAUUUUGCGGACAAUUUUGAAAGAAAAAACUCUGGCGAAAGGUGCAGAUUACACGAAAGUUUUAGGAAUUGCUUCUCGGUUUAUUUAAGGUUUUUGCGGCUACGCAAUUUGUGCUAGAAAAUAUUCAUUGGUUUUUAAUAAAAUAAAAUAAAUAUGUAAUAUGUAA